AAUCGGCCUGAGCCGCCUGUGUAUCGUUUUAAGCGUCGUUGCGUUCCAUGCAAUUUGCGAAAAAGUGUCGGAAAAUUUAUGAAAAAUAUGUCACUUUACAUUGCCAACCUGUGAGGGCCGUCGCACGCGAACAAUAGCUAGCCGAAUUAGCAACGUAUUUUGCGCAUAGCCGGCGUUUUUCCGUGCAGCGAAAAACAAGCAAAAGAGAAAAAAGAUAGCCACUACUUGGCCCGUGUUCGUGUGCGUGUGUUUGCGUGUCUUUAAUUGUGUGUGUUUUUGUGCUAGCACUCGCGGUUGUGUGUGUGUGUGUGUGCGUGCGUGAGUGUGUAUGUGAAGAAAAAGCCGCACACUGCGAAAAUUUUCCGUUCCUUUCCCCAACGGUCGAAUAUAACCGCUAAAAUUGUGGAAAAACAGGAGAAAACCCCCAAGCGGAAGAAGAAGACUGCAGCCAGUAAAAUGUCUGCAGUUUAUUCGCCGCAACCGCCGCAGCAGCAGCCGCAACAGCAGCAGCAACUGCAGCAGCAGCAGCAGCCUCCCCCGCCACAACAACAACAGCAGCAGCAGCAGCAGCAACAACAAUUGCAGCAACCGCCACCAAACUCUGCGCCCAAUCAACAGCCGCCUGGCUCCGGAGUAGGUCCCGGCGGAGGAGGAGGUGGCAUACCAGGCGGCGGUGGCAUCCUGCCCAUGGGCAUGCAGCAGCAGCAGCAACGUCCGCCCAUGGGCGUGCCAGGAUCACCGGGCAGCAUCAUCUCUGGCGGCGGCGGCGGUGGCGGUGUGAUUGGCGGCGGUGGAAUGCCCGGUGGCGGAAUGAUGGUCACACCAACGUCCGCACCACGCGGCGGAGCCAACAUGCAGGGCGGCGGAGGCGGUGGUGUGCCGCAGCAAGUGAAUUCGGCGCAAAUCCAAAAGAUGCUCGACGAGAACUGCGGCCUCAUCCAGACGAUUCAGGACUUCCAGAGCAUGGGCAAGGCGCAGGAGUGCAUGUCCUACCACGUCGCGCUGCAUCGCAAUCUGGUCUACCUCGCCCAGUUGGCCGAUCCCGCCAUGAACAUCUCACAAAUACUGCCGCCGCCGCACAUCCUCCAAACGCAAGCGAUGCAGCAGGGUGGCCAGCAGACGCCGCCAACCGGACCGCACGGCAUGCUCGGUGGUCCGCCGCAGCAGCAGCAGCAGCCGGGACAGGGUCCAGUGCCGGGACAACCUGGCCAGGGUCCGCCGCAGAUGGGCAUGCAGCAGCAUGGCGGCGAUCCGCAGGGACCGCCCGUUCAGAUGCCGCCCUACGGCGCCCAGCAGCAGCCGCAGCCACAUCCUGGCCUGCCGCCGGGCGCCCAACAGCAAUCUCAGCAACAGCAGCAGCAGCAACAACAGCAGCAGCAGCAACAACAACAACAGCAGGCAGCAGCAGCGGCGGCAGCAGCAGCAGCGGCAGCUGCCGUAGCAGCCGGCCAACAGCAGGGACCGCAGGUCAGCCAAGCGGGACCGCAGUCGCAGCAGCAGCAUCCCGUCUAUCGGAAUGCCCAGGGUCAGGGACAGCCGGGAGCUGGGCAGGUGCCUGGUCAGGGCCAGGGGCCGGUUCAGUCCGUCAUCAAUCCGAAUGCCGCGCCCAAUCAACAGCGUCCUAACAACGGACCCCUCUCCGGACCGCAGAAUCCCCAGCAGCAGCAGCAGCAGCCGCAACCAGGCGGUCAACAGCCGCCCAACCAACAGCAGCAGCAGCAGACCGGUCCCGGCGGACCAGGACCGCAGCCAGGUGCCGGCGGACCAGGUGUACCGCCGCCACAGAGUCCGUACCGCGUCAGCUACCAGCAGCAACAGCAGCAGCACAGCCACUAUCCGGGCUAUCCGCCACAGCCGCAGACGCAGUACCAGCCGCAGGGCGCCUAUCCCUAUGGACCGCCAACUCAGGGCUAUGGCCCACCGCCACCGGGACCACCGAACGCCGCUCAAGGUGGCUACCAUCAUGGUCCGGCCGGUGCGGCGACGGGAGCCAGUGGGCAUGGUUAUCAGCCGAAUGCCGGAGCCGGACAAGGACCACCGCCGGGUGCAUAUCCACCGCCGCCCGGCAGCCAGCAGGUCCCACCGGUGCCGGGGCAACAGCAGCCGCCGCCGGGACCACCGCCACCCGGACAGCCGCCGACCGGUGGCCAGCAGCAACCGCCACCUGGACCGCCGCAGAGUCAAUACGGCCCGCCGCCGCCGCAGAACUCCGCCGGAGGACCGCCUCCGAUGGGCUAUGCGGGCUAUCCGCCGAAUCCCGGACAGUAUGGCCAGGCGGGUGCUGGCGGUGGCCCACCGCCCAGUGGCUACUGGCCGCCGCCACCACCCACGAGCAGCGCCCAGAGUCCCUAUCAGGCGUAUCAACAGCAGCAGCAGCAAGCAGCCGCUGGUGGCGGAGCGGGUGCACCGCCGGGCAGUAGCUAUCCGGGUGGACCGCCGACUAGCGGGGCAGCGCCACCACCACCGCCGGGCGGAGCGUACAGCACCACGGCGCCCAGUCAGACGCCACCGCCACAGGGAGGCGGCGGAGCAGGCGGUGGCAACAACAAUCCAAACGGACCCAACGCACAGCAAUCGACGCCGCCGCCGCAGGGCGGAGCUGGUGGCGGAGCGGGGCCCAGUGGACCGGGCGGAGCUGGUCAGCAGUAUGCGGGACCACCGCAACAACAACAGCAGCAGCAACAGCCACCGGGUGUAGUGGUUUCCGGCGUGGCGCCGCUGCCCACGCAAGUCCAACCCACGUACUCGACGCCGGGCAAUUACAAUCAGCAGCCAGGAGCUCCACCGCCGCCCAAUCAGCAGCAGCAACAACAGCAGCAGCAACAACAACAACAGACACCGCCAUCGGCUGGCGGAUCCGCCGGCGGCGGAGGAGCACCAAAUGCCCAGGGACAGGGCAAUCAGCAACCGCCUCCGAAUGGAGCCACACCGCCGAUGGCACCGAAUCAAUACCAGCCGGCGCCGGGCGCACCACAAGGACCGUACGGUGGACCGCCACCACCACAGGCGUAUGGACCACCGCCGCCGGGUAGCGCGUAUCCCGGCCACGCUUACCAUCAGCCACCCCAGGCCGGUGGCUAUGCACAGUAUCCGCCGACGCAGGGCUAUCAGGGGUAUAGGCCCGCCGGGGCACAGAUGCCGCCGCCAGGAGCACCACAGGGGCCACCACCCACCGGCGCAUACGGAUAUUAUAGCCAACAGCCGCCCCAAUGAGGAAGGGACAGCCUAUUACCGCCGCUGCCACCUGGCUGUCUCCACAACAAGUAAUUCUCGGCUGAGAUUCGCCGGUUGAAGCUGGAGAGGAUUGGGAUUUACAGGCCGAACACCGAUGGAAAUCCGCUGAGGAUCGGAGGCGGCCCGUUGGAGGAGGUGGUGCAGCGCGAGUAAUAGCAUAACUGGACGAAGACAAAGGAGCCGACGAAGCAGAUUGCGUUACACUAGACAUAUGAUUAAGAAUUGUAUCGGCGAGUAGCAUGGAGGAGCGAGCAGGCAGGAGGAGGAGAGGACUACGAUUAGAGCUAAGUGUGUGGAAGCCGCGGAAGAUGAAGAUGGAUUAUAAGUAGUAGGAUUACGGAUAGAAGAACGACGAGUAAGCAUAAGACUUAAAGUAGGCGAAAAGAACGACGAAUGCGGAAUGAAGACGAGAUGCAAAUUGAGGAUUCCCAAAUUCAAGCAGCGAGUUCCUCGAAUUUCAAACGAAGCUGCACGAAGUUGAGAAAGAUUUUUAAAUUCGGUGAUAAAUAGCAGAGAAAACGAACCGGAAACCGUAGGAUCUAGAACAAAAGAAACGGAAAGCAAACACGAAGUGAAGAAGCGAUCUAGAACUAAGUAAGCUGAUUAAGAUGCGCAAGCGAACAAGAAAUCGUGUCCUAGGCCCAAAAAUGCAAACAAAAUGGAUGGAUCGAUUACUCGGGAUCCUGGCGAGAGCACAAAAUCUCCGAUUGAGAGUGACGAAAGUGUCCGUUUUUUCGAAGCAAGCAAGUACUCAAGCUUUGAGCUUAGUGACGAAUCACUUGGAUUGGCAAUGGGCUGUGUAGUCUGUGUGCAAUUAUAAGCGAUAUGGAUUGAAUAGCUAUGUGAUUGCUUGUAAUGGUUUAUAGAUUACGCCGCCCCUUUGCGGGGAAUAUCCAAGCCGCAGCAAUCGACCCAUCCUAUUAUACAUAUAUAUUUAUAUAUUAUUAAUUCUCUCUUUUAAGUAGGUUCCGCUCCGCUUUGAAAACGAUUAUUCUAAACGAUUUAUACAUAUACAUAUAUGAAUAUACUUAAGUGUAGGGAAGAGGACGAUGGAGCAGCAGAAUAGUGCGUGUUUUUAACCUAAUUAAUCCCUUAGAUAUUUUAAGUAUAUAUAUAUGUUUUUUUGUAUUUUUGUGUUUGUCUUUGUAGAUGUCUGUUUUUUUAAUGUUCGUGCAUUUUUGGUGUAGCAAUUUUACAUUUAAUUAUCCUUGGUAUCCGUUUCCCCGAUUUCUUCCAAAAGUUUUUUUUUUGCAGCGAAAGAUUGUAAUAAAAUCCAAUAUAUAUAUUUAAACGAUAAGCUUACAUUUACUAUUUAAAGUUAAACUAAAAACUAUAAAUAGCAAGCGCAAAUCAUGAAUAAAUCUUAAAUUUAAAGUUAAACAAAAAAGCGAGCAUAUUGAAAUGACGCGAAUUCAUUGGAAAUUUUGAGCAAACGGAGGACGAGCAGUGUACAGUGAACACUCUCUAUGCCAACGCAGACACAUAUAAAUGCCAAUAAUCCUAAAACACGAUUAAUUUUAACUAUAAUUGAAAUGUAAACUGAAAUACUUUAUGUAAGUGCUGUUAACGAUUAUUGCAAUUAUUUGCUUGCACUUUAGAGUUCCAAAUUGAUAUCUAAAUUAUUUAUUAAAUAUGCAAAUUAUGUAAGAUUAGUUAAAAUCUAAACCUAAGAGCCGAACAAUUUGGACAACAUUCAAAGCAACUCGCUAGUAAAAAAAAAAUUGAAACUGAAAUCGAUACGUAUUUCCAAAAGUUCCACUAGACACAUAGAAUCUUUCUCGCUCUAAAUUAAGAGUCUGGCUAUUUCUGCGCUGCUCUAAUCCGAUCUGAUAUAAUCCGAUUCCAUAUAACGAUUAUUUCAGCAUCCACAUCGAGACAUUUUGAUAUAUGUUUAUCAAAUAGCAUUUAGAAAUUUCUAUUUUCAAAAUGCAAAAUAAAAACAAAAUCGAAAAAGUUAUAAAAACAAA